AUGUAUAAACCAAAAAUGAUAGAAAAAGAGAAAGAUUUUAUUUGUUCAAUGAAACAUUAACAACAAAUUAGUACAGUUGUUUUAAGUCAUAAAUUUAAUCUAAAUAAAAGAUUCCUAUGCCAUCAAUGUCAUGAGUACUUUGAGUCAUAUGAAAAGAUAAUAGGAUUGAAAAAAACUCAUCGAAAUAAUUGAACAUAAUAAGAAAAAAUAAAUAGAAUGCUUGGAAAAUAGUAUCGCACCAAUUAUAACAAAAAUUUAGUCACUUUAAGGUCAUCUAUAUACUUUGGGUCCUUUCUUGUUUUAUGAUUAGAUCAAUUCAUAGGGAACGCAAAGGAUUGGAUAUCAAAUUUAUAAUCCAUAGUUUAAAAAUAUUCAGAGUAUAGUCUCCAUAAAGAAUUAGAUAUCAUGAUUAUGGGCUAAAAUACAGGUGAAAAUAAUCAGAUAAAUUAAGUAAAUUAGAUUAAAUAAUUAAAUGAUUCCUUGUACAAAAUAAUUAAUAAUAAGUUGGAUUCAUUAAAGUAAUUUGAAGAAUAACAAAGUUGUCAACAAAUAUUAAAAGAAUUAUCAUCCUAAUUAGAAUAGAACUUCAAUCUAAAUAUUAAUGAAAAUCAGGAAAAGACUAAUUAAGCUCUAAUAAGAUUUAAUAGUAAUUGA